GGGCGGCGGCCGCCGGGGCGCCAUGGCGGCGGAGGAGCCGCUGCCCGCCCCGAGCCGCCGGGCGCCGCCGCUGCUGCUGCCGCUGCUGCCGCUGCUGCUGCUGCUGCCUUUGUUCCGCCCCGCCAUGGGCGCCGCCGCGACGCCGCCCUGGGGCGGCCCGGGCACCGCCGGGGGCUGCGCGGCUCUGCCUGUCCCGCCGGGCUCCCCGCCCGCGGCCCCAGACCCACCGCCAUCACCGUCCUCAUCCCCAUCCCCAUCCCCGUCUUCAUCGCCGUCCCCAUCAUCUUCAUUGCCAUCCCCAUCUCCUUCCCCAUCUCCAUCCUCAUCCCUGUCUUCAUCACCAUCCCCGUCUUCAUCGCCGUCCCUGUCUCCAUCCCCAUCCCAGUCCUCAUCUCCAUCCCCAUCCCUGUCUUCAUCACCAUCCCCAUCUUCACUGCCAUCCCCAUCCCCGAUUCCUUCACCAUCCCCAUCUCCAUCCUCAUCCCUUUCUUCAUCGCCAUCCCCUUCACCAUCCCCAUCUUCCUCAUCCCCAUUGCCAUCCCCAUCUCCAUCACCAUCACCUGGGCGGCGGGGCCGGCGUGCAGCCCCCAACCGGCACCCGCUGUUCCCCCAGUACAACUACCAGGCGGAGGUGGCAGAGAACCAGCCAGCGGGGACGACGGUGUUGGUGGUGGCAGCACAGGACCCUGACUCAGGCGAUGCGGGGCGUCUGGCGUACUCCAUGGAUGCACUGAUGAACAGCCGCUCACGGGAGCUCUUCACCAUUGACCCGCGGUCUGGGGUCAUCGCCACCACCCAAGCCCUUGACCGCGAGAGCAUGGACCUGCACUACUUCCGUGUGACAGCCACUGACCACGGGGCACCCAGGCUGUCGGCCACCACCAUGGUGGCCAUCGCCGUGGCUGACCGCAAUGACCACAACCCUGUCUUUGAGCAGGGUGAGUACCGGGAGACCAUCCGGGAGAAUGUAGAGGAGGGGUACCCCAUCCUGCAGCUGCGAGCCACCGACGUUGACUCCCCGCCCAACGCCAACAUCCGAUACCGCUUUGUCAAUGAGCAGGAUGCCCACGCUGUCUUUGAGAUCGACCCUCGGUCUGGCCUCAUCACCACCAGCGGGACGGUGGACAGGGAGAAGAUGGAGAGGUACUCUUUGGUGGUGGAGGCUAAUGACCAGGGGAGGGAGCCGGGGCCCCGCUCUGCCACAGUCAAGGUCUACAUCACGGUCCUUGAUGAGAAUGACAACACUCCUCAGUUCAGUGAGAAGCGCUACAUUGUCCAGGUGAGGGAGGACAUACGGCCCCACACUGAGAUCCUACGUGUCACUGCCACGGAUCUGGACAAGGACAACAACGCACUGGUCCACUACAACAUCAUCAGCGGGAACAGCCGGGGCCAGUUCUCCAUCGACAGCGUCACUGGGGAGAUACAGGUGGUGGCCCCACUGGAUUUUGAGGUGGAGCGGGAGUACGCACUGAGGAUCCGAGCUCAGGAUGCAGGUCGCCCUCCCCUGUCUAACAACACCGGCAUGGCAAGCAUUCAAGUGGUGGACAUCAAUGAUCAUGCUCCCAUUUUUGUCAGCACCCCUUUCCAAAUCUCUGUCCUGGAGAAUGCUCCCCUCGGCCACUCUGUUAUCCACAUCCAGGCUGUAGAUGCUGACUAUGGUGAGAAUUCGCGCUUGGAGUACAAACUGACGGGGGUCUCGGCUGACACGCCCUUUGUGGUGAACAGUGCUACAGGGUGGAUCACGGUUAGUGGGCCCCUGGAUCGGGAGUCGGUUGAGCACUAUUUUUUUGGGGUAGAGGCCCGGGACCAUGGCUCCCCGUCUUUAUCUGCCUCUGCCAGCGUCACCAUUACUGUCAUGGAUGUCAACGACAACCGCCCCGAGUUCACCCAGAAGGAGUACUUCAUCCGCUUGAACGAGGAUGCAGCUGUGGGGACCAGUGUCCUCAGUGUCACAGCAAUUGACCGGGACGUGAAUAGUGCCAUCACCUACCAGAUCACAGGAGGCAACACACGGAACCGCUUCUCUAUCAGCACGCAAGGUGGGAUAGGGCUCAUCACUCUGUCUCUGCCGCUGGACUACAAGCAGGAGAGGCGCUAUGUGCUCACUGUGACGGCCUCUGACCGCACCCUGCGUGACAACUGCCAUGUUCACAUCAACAUCACCGAUGCCAACACACACCGGCCUGUGUUCCAGAGUGCCCACUACUCUGUGAGCAUCAAUGAGGACCGGCCCGUGGGCAGCACCAUUGUGGUGAUCAGCGCCACGGACGAUGAUGUGGGCGAAAAUGCCCGCAUCACAUACUACCUAGAGGACAACGUCCCUCAAUUUCGCAUCGAUCCAGACUCUGGGGCCAUCACUCUCCAGGCAGAACUGGACUACGAGGACCAGGUCACCUACACAUUGGCUAUCACUGCCAAAGACAACGGGAUCCCCCAGAAAGCGGACACCACCUAUGUUGAAAUCAUGGUGAACGAUGUUAAUGACAAUGCCCCUCAGUUCGUCAGCCCUCAUUACCAGGGCAUGAUCUCUGAGGAUGCACCUCCCUUCACCAGCGUGCUCCAGAUCUCUGCCACUGAUCGAGAUGCCCACACCAAUGGACGAGUGCAGUACACCUUCCAGAAUGGGGAGGAUGGGGAUGGAGACUUCACCAUAGAGCCCACCUCGGGGAUCAUUCGCACUGUCCGCAGGCUGGACCGUGAAAGCGUCCCUGUUUAUGAGCUGACUGCAUACGCUGUGGAUAGGGGCAUCCCUCCUCAGCGAACUCCUGUCCAUAUCCAGGUUACCAUUCAGGAUGUGAACGACAACGCCCCUGUAUUUCCCGCUGAAGACUUUGAGGUCUUGGUAAAGGAGAACAGCAUCGUAGGCUCUGUUGUGGCCCAAAUCACAGCCAUUGACCCAGAUGAGGGACCCAAUGCCCAGAUCAUGUACCAAAUUGUGGAAGGCAACAUUCCUGAGAUAUUCCAGAUGGACAUCUUUUCUGGGGAGCUCACAGCCUUGAUAGACCUGGAUUAUGAGACAAAGUCCGAGUACGUGAUUGUAGUGCAAGCCACCUCUGCCCCUCUGGUCAGCAGAGCCACGGUCCACAUCAAACUCGUUGACCAGAAUGACAACAGCCCAGUUCUCAAGAACUUCCAGAUCUUGUUCAAUAACUACGUGUCCAAUAAGUCAAACACCUUCCCCUCGGGGGUCAUCGGGAAGGUCCCAGCUUAUGACCCAGAUGUGUCUGACCGCCUCUUCUACACCUUUGAGCGGGGAAAUGAACUGCACUUGUUGAUUGUAAAUCAAUCGAGCGGGGAGCUGAGGCUGAGCCGUAAGCUGGACAACAACCGUCCGCUUGUGGCCUCCAUGCUGGUGACCGUCACAGAUGGGAUCCACAGUGUGACAGCUCAGUGUGUCUUGCGGGUCAUCAUCAUCACAGAGGACAUGUUGGCCAACAGCAUCACAGUGCGGCUGGAGAACAUGUGGCAGGAGCGCUUCCUCUCCCCACUGCUGUCCACCUUCCUGGAAGGGGUGGCCACCGUGCUCGCAACACCCAAGGAGGACAUCUUCAUCUUCAACAUCCAGAACGACACAGAUGUGGGUGGCAUGGUACUCAAUGUCAGCUUUUCAGCCCUGGCGCCACGAGGUGGGCGCUACUUCAGCUCGGAGGAGCUGCAGGAGCAGCUGUACAUGAAGCGCAUGGUGCUGACGAGUGCCUCCAUGCUGGAGGUGCUGCCCUUUGACGACAAUGUCUGCCUGCGGGAACCCUGCCAGAACUACAUGAAGUGCAUCUCCGUUCUCAAGUUUGACAGCUCAGCCCCCUUCAUUGCCUCCCCCUCCACCCUCUUUCGGCCCAUCCACCCCAUCACCGGCCUGCGGUGCCGCUGCCCACAGGGCUUCACCGGGGACUACUGCGAAACAGAGAUCAACCUCUGCUACUCCAACCCCUGCCUGAAUGGUGGCAUCUGCACCCGCAAGGAAGGGGGAUACACGUGUGUUUGCCGCCAGCACUUCAGUGGUGAGAACUGCGAAGUGGAUAGCCGGUCGGGGCGCUGCAUGCCCGGCGUGUGCCGCAAUGGCGGCACCUGCACCAAUGGCGCUGAUGGGGGCUUCCGCUGCCAGUGCCCAGCAGGUGGCUUUGAGAUGCCUUUCUGCGAGGUGUCCACACGUUCCUUCCCACCACGAUCCUUCGUCAUGUUCCGGGGCCUGCGCCAGCGCUUCCACCUCACCCUCUCCCUCUCGUUCAGCACCAUGGAGCCCAGCGGCCUCCUGCUCUACAACGGGCGCCUGAACGAGAGGCACGACUUUGUGGCAGUGGAGAUCAUCCAGGGGCAGGUCCAGCUGAAAUAUUCCACAGGAGAGUCCAGCACGGUGGUGAGCCCCUACGUGCCGGGUGGUGUGAGUGAUGGGCAGUGGCACACACUGCAUCUCCACUACUACAACAAGCCCAAGGUCAGUGCCCUGGGGGUGGUGCAGGGCCCUUCCAAGGACAAGGUGGCCAUCUUGACAGUGGAUGAAUGUGACGCCUCGGUGGCCCUGCAAUUUGGCAGCGAGAUUGGGAACUACUCCUGUGCUGCAGAGGGUGUGCAGACCAGCUCGAAGAAGUCCCUGGAUCUCACAGGUCCCUUGCUCCUCGGUGGUGUCCCCAACCUGCCAGAAAACUUCCCCGUCACUCACAGGGACUUUGUGGGAUGCAUGAGAGACCUGUACAUUGACAACAAACGCAUUGACAUGGCCUCCUACAUUGCCAACAACGGAACUGCUGCAGGCUGCCAUGCCAAGCACUCGUUCUGCGACUCCAGCCCCUGCAAGAAUGGUGGCACCUGCUCUGUCAGCUGGGGGACCUACUCCUGCCUCUGUCCUGUUGGCUUCGGGGGCAAAGACUGCCGCCACCCAAUGCACCAUGCCCACUAUUUCCAGGGCAACAGUGUCCUGACCUGGGAUUUCAAGACAGAUGUGAAGAUCUCAGUGCCAUGGUACCUGGGGCUGGCAUUUCGAACGCGCCAGCCAGACGGGGUACUUCUGCAGGCCCAUGCUGGCCAGUACACCACCCUGCUCUGCCAGCUGGCUGGGGGCCUGCUCUCCUUCAUGGUGAACAGGGGGUCUGGGCGCAGCACCAGCCUCCUCCUGGACCAACUGCAGCUCAGCGAUGGGCGAUGGCACGACCUCCAGCUGGAGCUACGAGAUGUCCGCAGCGGGCGAGACUUGCGCUAUGUCAUCACUGUCACCCUCGACUUUGGGCUCUACCAGGAUACAGUGGUUGUUGGAAAUGAGCUGCAUGGCCUGAAGGUGAAACACCUGCAUGUGGGGGGAGUCCUGGGCUCUGGUGAAGUGCAGAACGGGCUGAGGGGCUGCAUACAGGGCGUGCGACUGGGUGACAGCAUCACCGGGACCGUGCUGCCCAAGCCCAGCCAUGCCCUGCGGGUGGAGGCUGGCUGCAGCGUGCCAAGCCCCUGUGACUCCAGCCCCUGUCCAGCCAACAGCAUCUGCAAGGAUGAGUGGCAGAGCUACUCCUGCAUCUGCCAGCCAGGGUACUAUGGAGGGGACUGCGUGGAUGUGUGCCACCUCAACCCCUGCAAGAACAAGUCGGUGUGUCGCCGCAAGCCAGGCUCACCCCUGGGCUAUGUGUGCGAGUGCGGAGGGAACUUUUUCGGGCAGUACUGUGAGCACAGGAUGGACCAGCAGUGUCCGAAGGGCUGGUGGGGGAACGCCACCUGUGGGCCCUGUAACUGUGAUGUGAACAAAGGCUUUGACCCCGACUGCAAUAAAACCAACGGACAGUGCCACUGCAAGGACUUUCACUACCGCCCCAAAGGCAGUGACACCUGCCUGCCUUGUGACUGCUACCCUGUGGGCUCCACCUCGCGCUCCUGCGACAAGGAGACGGGCCGAUGCCACUGCCGGCCCGGGGUCAUCGGGCGCCAGUGCAAUAGCUGUGACAGCCCUUUUGCCGAGGUGACGCCCAGCGGCUGUGUGGUGCUCUAUGACGGCUGCCCCAAAAACUUGAAGGCAGGUGUAUGGUGGCCCCAGACCAAGUUUGGCUUCUCUGCUGCCAUGCUGUGUCCCAGAGGCUCCUUGGCAGACUUGAGGCUGGGGUCAGGCCUGGCACAGCAGCUCGGCACCCACAGCACUUGCUGUGGUUCUGCCUGCCCUGUCCUUGUGUGCACUGUGAGGGGAGCAGGGCCUGGCUUGCCAUUAGGUGAGUGUCUUGAGUGGGAGACAUCCAGCUCCCAUCCUGAUCUGGAGGAAGUGGUCCUUGUUGAUGGCAAAAGUGCAAGCAGGGUAUCUGGGACUACCGGGCAAUGUGAGCCCCAGGGAACAAUACAAACCCUGUCCUUCUCCAGCCGUUCGCCCCAGGAGGAGGCAGGUUCGGCUCCUAACUGUUGUCGCUUCUCUCCCCGGUUCUCUCGCCCUCCGUACUCAGGCUUGAGGGGUUCAGGUGCAGCCAUCAGACACUGUGAUGAAGAAAAGGGUUGGCUGGAGCCAGAUCUCUUCAACUGCACUUCACCUGCCUUCAAGGAGCUCUCCAUACUGCUGGAGGGCUUGGAGAGAAAUGAGACUGAGCUCAACACAAUCGAAGCCAAGAAGCUGGCCCACCGGCUCCGGGCUGUGACGGACCACAUGGACCACUACUUUGGCAAUGAUGUGCACAUCACUUUCCGCCUUCUGUCCCGCCUCAUGGCCUUUGAGAGCCAGCAGCAUGGCUUUGGCCUGACAGCCACGCAGGAUGCCCACUUCAAUGAGAACCUGCUGCGCGCAGGCAGCUCCGUGCUGGCACCUGAGAACCGAGAGCACUGGGCCAUGCUGCCACACAGCGAGCAUGGCAGCGCCAGCCUGAUGGAGCAGCUGCGGGACUACUCAGGCACACUGGCCAGCAACAUGAAACUCACCUACCUCAACCCCGUUGGCGUUGUCACCCCUAACAUCAUGCUGAGCAUCGAUCGCAUGGAGAACCAUUCCCACAUCCGCCGGCGCUACCCUCGCUACCACAGCAGCCUCUUCCGGGGCCAGCCCGCCUGGGACCCCCACACCCAUGUUGUGCUGCCGCUGUCGGUGGUGAGCCCCCCAAAAGCUGAAGUUGCCUCCACAGCGGUGUCCGUGCUGGCUGGGGGUGAAGGAAACUACACUGUGGAGAACUCCUCACCAAGGCAGGUGCUACCAGAGCCCGAGCCCGCACUCACUGUGAUCAUCCUCAUCAUGUACCGCACCCUGGGGGGGCUGCUGCCUGCACGCUAUCAGGUGGAUCGCCGCAGCAUCAGGCUCCCCAAGAAUCCUGUGAUGAACUCUCCCAUUGUGAGCGUGUCUGUGUUCAGCAAUCACACCUUCCUGCGAGGGCCCCUGGACACCCCUCUUGUGCUGGAAUUUCGCCUGCUAGAGACAGCCAACAGGAGCAAACCUCUCUGUGUGCAGUGGAAUCACACCACCCCGACCAACCCCUCUGGCUUCUGGACGGCCAAGGACUGUGAGCUUGUGUACCGAAACACCACACAUGUCCACUGCCAGUGCUCCCAGUUUGGCACCUUUGGGGUUUUGAUGGACAGCUCGCACCGAGAGCAACUGGAAGGUGACCUGGAGACGUUGGCAAUUGUCACCUAUUCCUUGGUGUCUCUCUCCUUGGUGGCUCUGCUGCUAACCUUCUCCUUCCUGACCUGCCUCAAAGGCCUCAAGUCCAACACGCGUGGCAUCCACUCCAAUAUAUCAGUCACCCUAUUCUUCUCUGAGCUGCUCUUCCUCCUGGGCAUCAACCAAACUGAGAACCAGUUUCUUUGCACUGUGAUUGCCAUCCUCCUCCACUGCUUCUUCCUCUCCACCUUUGCCUGGCUCUUCGUCCAGGGCCUCCAUAUCUAUCGCAUGCAGACUGAAGCCCGCAAUGUCAACUUUGGGGCCAUGCGUUUCUACUAUGCUAUCGGCUGGGGAGUGCCCGCCAUCAUCACCGGGCUGGCUGUUGGCCUGGAUCCUGAGGGCUACGGGAACCCUGACUUCUGCUGGAUUUCCAUUCAUGAUAAGCUGGUCUGGAGCUUUGCAGGCCCCAUUACUGUCGUCAUUGUGAUGAAUGGGGUCAUGUUCCUGCUUGUGGCCAAGAUGUCCUGUUCCCCAGGCCAAAAGGAGACCAAGAAGAAAUCGGUGCUCAUGACGUUACGGAGCUCCUUUGUUCUGCUUCUAGUUAUUAGCACUACCUGGCUCUUUGGCCUCUUGGCUGUCAACAACAGUGUCCUGGCUUUCCACUACCUCUACACUGUCCUCUGCAGCCUCCAGGGCCUGGCUGUACUAGUCCUGUUCUGUGUGCUGAACGAGGAGGUGCAAGAGGCCUGGAAGCUGGCCUGCCUUGGCAAGAAAGGGCAGAGCGAGGAGGCCACAAGGAGUACGCAGGGCCCCAACACCUACAACAACACAGCACUCUUUGAGGAGAGUGGGCUCAUCCGCAUCACCUUAGGGGCUUCCACCAUCUCAUCGGUGAGCAGCGUGCGCUCUGCCCGUACCCACUCCAGCCAGCGAGCGUACCUCAGAGAUAACGUGACGGCGCGUCAGGGCUCAGCCUUGGAUCACAGCCUGCUGGCUCACGCUGGCCCCACUGACAUCGACGUGGCCAUGUUCCACCGUGAUGCUGGGGGAGACCAGGACUCGGACUCGGACAGUGACCUGUCUCUGGACGAAGAGCGCAGUCUCUCCAUCCCAUCCUCAGAAAGCGAGGAGAACGUGCGCCUGCGGGGCCGUUUCCAGCGCCAGUUCAAGCGGGCGGCACACAGCGAACGCCUCCUCACUAACCCCACCAACACCACUCCUAAAGAUGUGGAUGGUAAUGACCUCAUGUCAUACUGGCCGGCUCUGGGCGAGUGCGAGGUUCACCCCUGCUCCCUGCAGAAAUGGGGCUCUGAACGGAAGCUGGGAUUUGAUAUCAACAAGGAUGCAGCCAACAAUAAUCAGCCAGAACUAGCUUUGACCAGUGGGGAUGAGAAUUCCCUCACCCAGACCCAACGGCAAAGAAAAGGGAUUUUGAAGAACCGCCUCCAGUACCCUCCGACUCUCCAAGGCUUGCCAUCUGUCGGCAGGAUGACCAAUGAGUUGACAUGGUACAAGACCUCCACGCUAGGUCACAGGGCUGUUCCUGCUGCGUCCUAUGGCAGGAUCUACUCGGGGGCGGGCAGUCUGUCACAGCCAGCCAGCCGGUACUCGUCACGGGAGCAGCUUGACAUGUUGAUGAGGAGACAGAUGUCCCGGGAGCAGCUGAGCAGACACAACUCAGGAGAGUGCUUGGAAGCCUUGCCCAGCCGGCAUGGGUCCAGGGAGGAGCUGGACACUAUCCCCAGCAGGCAUGGCUCUACUGAACACCUAGAAAGUAUCCCAAGCGGACAUGGGUCUAGGGAAAACUUGGAUCUACUGGCUGCUAGGCCCAGUCAGAGAGAUCAUGGGAACACGCUGCCCCGGAGGCAAGGCUCCAGAGACCACCUUGACACUUUACCCUGCAGGUUUGGGUCAAGGGAGCAGCUAGACUGUGGGCCAGUAAGAGAGGUCUCUAGAGAGUGGCUAAACACGUUGCCAAGUAGGCAAGUGUCCAGAGACCGAAUAGACAGAUUGCCGAGUCGAGAUACUUCUCGAGAACAAUUGGAUUUGCUUUCUAGAAGACAGCCUUCAAGGGACCAGCUAGCAUCGGCUAGACAAACUUCAAGGGAGCAGCUGGACUUCCUCUUCAGAAGAUCUAAUUCCAGAGAGGCUCUGGACACAGUGCCUAGCAGGCAUCCCUCGCAGGACAACCUGGGGAGUCUCUCUAGGAGGCAGCUGUCUAGGGAAAACCUAGAGCCGCUGUCAAGGAGACAGCCUUCCAGAGAGAACCUGGAGGCCAUUCCCAGCCGACAUCCUUCCACUGAACAGUUAGAUAUACUUUCUUCCAUCCUUGCUUCGUUUAAUUCCUCUGUCCUGUCCUCGGUGCAAUCUUCCAGCACACCUUCAGGUCCUCAGACCACCACCACUCCCUCUGCCGUGCAGAUCUCCUCAACACCCUCUGCAAUGUGUCCCCCAACGCCUCGCUCCACCACCUCCCACAGCAUUUCGGAGCUGUCACCAGACUCAGAAAUAACGAGAAGUGAGGGCCAUUCCUGAGGGGCCGAAGCCGUCCACAAGACAGACAGAAGCAGCAGGGCCCUUCGCCUCGCCAGGCACUGCCAGCUGAGGUUUGGUGUCCCCAGGGGCCAGGGGCCAGAACUGAUGGUGGUCAGAGGCCCAAAACCGACCCUGCCUUCCCCUGCCCUCCGGGAUGAGGGGCCGGCAGCCCACACUUCCCGCCACCAGGAGUCUCCGGGCUCUUGGCUGCCACCAUGUUCCCCGUCGCCUGCCCAACGUAACAGGUACCACAUGACGCUGUGACCUCUGUGGGGCUGAGUUCUUCCUCUGCCACCUGUUUGUAUGCAGGGUGUGUAUGUGGAGUGGGGCAGGGGGAUGGAAACAGAGCCCAGGCUGUGGCAGCGGGGAGGGUUUUCUACCUUUUUGUAUCUUUGUAAUCAGAGAGAAGAGAAAUUUCUAUGGUUAUUUUUACGGAUGGUCUGUUCCCAAGACCUGGAGCAUUUGUCUCGCCAACAGCCCUUUGGCUUUCCUGGGGGUACCCAGUGGGCCAGAGGGACAGUGCCAGGCACUGCUCCGUCGCAUCCCCGUUUCAGGGCAGCUGGCCUCGCUGCCCCUCUCUCCCUCCCACCGUGCAGCUCCACCCGGGUCUCGGUGCCUGGCUGGCCCUCAGUCCCCAGCAGCCGCGAUGCCCCGCAGCCAGCCCAGCCCCCCUCUGCCCUCCCAUGGGACCUCCCCCCCCAGGACCGCUCUCAGGGCUGUAUGCCAGCGAGGGCACAAGCGAGUGGGGCAGUAAAUUUGGCACUAGGGACCUGCUAGGGGAGGAAACAGGCUUUGCUGUUAAGUUCUGUACUGUACCAGGAUGGUCUCACUCCUCAAGAGCCGUUUUCCUCGCUCGGCAAAUGACUGCUAUGUUUUUACCCACUGUCAGUUGAGCUCUUUAGCCUGUGUGUUACAGCACAAACCUCUCUUGGUUUGUGGGUCCAGGCACGGAGCUGGGUGACCAUAGCUCUGCUCAGGAGCAGGUUAGGCUGCUCCCAAAGCUGGUGCCUGCCCUGUGGAGGAACAGCAUCCGCAGGAAUAAGAUGCAUCUCCAGUCUCAGGGUCCAGCAUUGCCCAUAGAAGCUGUAUCUAGCUGGUUCCCUGUGGGCUCUGCUUACCUACGCACACAUCCCUAUGCUCUCUGGCUGGCAAAGCACCCCAGCUAAGAGCGGCCUGGAUUUUGAGAGGUGGAGAUAAACAGCACUUCGCCCUCUCUGGAAACAGGCUGCCCUGAUGGCUUCUCUGCUGAGCCAGGAGCCUGGCCUGGGAUCCCACUGCCCCUGCCAUGAGGUGACACUUGACGCUCCUCUGUGCCUACCCAGCCUUGGGCCAAGGGCAGCUGGCUCGGCGGGCUGGCAUGCUCCCUUUCACCCACUGAGUGUGGUGCCUCUGCUCGGCUGCCCCUGUGGUGCUCUCAGGGCUGCGUGACAGCGUGCUCCUUACUGCCUUACUACCACACUACUGUAGCUUCUUACUGCAGCCCAGCCUGGUGUGUUUACAGGAGAGGACUUGUGCUGCUGUCCUCUGGGUCUCCGGGAGGCCAAGGCCUCUCAGCUGCGUCCCUGAGUCAGCAGGGAGGACGUGAAGGGGACAGAGGAGCUGGGUGAUGGGGUGCUGUGGGCCUAACGGGGCUUCUGACCCCAGCAGCACUCCGAUGAGGUAGGCCCCCUGCUGCACUUCUACCAAGGAUGGGGAGGAAAGGGCCUGCUGACAUGUUUACAUGCUGUUUGGAACUGCCGCACAGAGGGAGAGCCGGCCGGCCCCACAUCCCGGGAACAGUCGGGCCCCUCUAUGCUGCCUGUCUUUGCCUUUGUGAACAAACUUGUUUACAUGCUUCUAUCCAGCUGCGCAGCACUAGAGCCCUGGGCUCUGCCUCAGCCAGCGUUGUGUUGCCCCUCGGUACCCAUUUCUUGUCUCUGCUGUGCCAUAGAGCCCACUUUUCCACAAGGUUGGGCACAAGGGUGCUUUGAACUGGUGCCAAAUGGAGAGCAAGUGACAAGUGCCAAAAAAAAAAAGAGAGAGGCAGCAGAGCCGGUGGCUGUUCCUGCGUAGCUGGGCCAGUCAAGAAGCAAGAGUCAGCCUAUGGCUCGGUCCCUGAUUGUAGCGCUGUGGCCUGGGCUCCAGGGAGCAUCCUCCUUGGAUUCGGAUUUGGGAUUGUUUCUUUGGGGGGCUUGUUUGGGUUUUUUUUUCCUCUCUCCAUUUGCUGAUUCUGUGGGCAGGGAGCAUGGAGACGCCCUUGCCCCUCCUGCCUCUGGCUGUGUAAAAGUGUAUCAUGGAAGCGCCAGAUUUGGA